AUGCCUAGAGACAUGAGAAUCUUUUCCUUAAUUGUUGCUGGGCUCAUUCUUCUUGUUCAGUUUUACCCAGCCAUAGCCGCAGUUUACAGAAACUACCUGUGUGCAAAGCUGGAUGGCCACUGUGCAAUUGACUGCCUUGCCUUCGAAAAAAAGAUUGGGAGCUGCCGGGCUGAUUUGACACCACUGUGCUGCAGAAAAAGGAAGAAACACUGA